AAAUCGUUGCUCCGGAUAUCCUCCGACAGCUUACGUCCACACUCUAUUGUAUACUUACCUACCUAUCUAAGGCUCUCAGGCCAGCCUCAUGCGGAGUAAGAAACUAACCUAAAGGGCACCCAUUUUCAAGGUCCCCUGGUCAACCUCGUACAAAAAGAAAAAGAAAAAAGAAAAGGAAAAUGGCGGAACCCGAACUUCCCAGUCCGCCCUUUGUGCCAAUUUCUGGACUGCCCAAUUUCCGCGACCUCGGAGGUUAUCCAGUGGGUGACUCCAAGGUCGUGCGCCGCGGCUUAGUCUUCCGUUCCUCGGAGCCGUCCAAGGUCACCGACGACGGGGUGUCGAAAUUGCAGGAUCUAGGUAUUGCGAAGGUGUUUGACCUGCGUUCGGCAGUAGAGAUCGAGAAAGGCUUGCGCGACGGUUACGGCUGGAAGAUCAAGGAGUGGGACGGUGCGAGCCGCCAUUUCGUUCCCGUCUUUUUAGAUCAGGACUACUCGCCGGAAGCAUUAGCCGUUAGGUACAAGAACUAUUCUUCAGAGCAUGCAGAGGGUUUUAUAGUCGCGUAUAGCGAUAUACUCGUUGCGGCGGCCUCGCCAAGUAAUAGUUACGCGCCAUUCAAGACGAUACUAGAGCAUCUGGCUUCACCUCCGUCCUCCCCGCCGACACCCUGCCUCAUCCACUGCACAGCCGGUAAAGAUCGUACCGGAGUGAUCUGCGGGCUGAUCUUGAGCUUAUGCGGUGUGCCCGAUGAGGUUGUAGCGCAUGAGUAUAGCUUGACGGACUUGGGGCUCAAGUCGCGUCACGAGGAGCUCAUUUCGCAUCUGAUGAGCAACCCGACGCUACGGGAUCACCCAGAAGCUGCUAGGAGGAUGGUUUCAUCCCAAAAAGAGGCAAUGCUGGGCACAUUGGCCAAGAUCCGCAAUACUUAUGGAUCAGUCGAAAAGUGCGUCGUUGACCUGGGACUACUAUCGCUUGACGGGAUCAGGCAGCUACAAAGCAACCUAAUUGUCGAUGUGGACGAGAAAGGAGUACUGUCAUGGCAGGACCAUGCCAAACUAUUGUUAUGAGUCGAUAGACGUUCAGGGACCCUCAAGACGUCCAACCCACUCCAUGCGUCUUACGACUUAGCUAUUCAUACAAUUCUCGUACAAACAUUCAUCCAUUAUACUGUCUGACGC